AUGCCUCGCAGUGGAACACUUGUACUGAGCCAUGACUUACAUGACUUAAUCGGCGGGCUGAUGUCAUCGCCUGACGCGAUUAUCUGCAUCUUCGCCGAGGUGUGCCGUCCGUGGAUACAGCUCUGCCCUACCCUCUCGAUCUUCUGUGAGAGCUUGCACAGAAUCAAUCCAUUCGUCGCUACUCCAUAUUCCGCGAAACCUUACGUCUCACCUGAACUGCCUAUCCACGCCGAGUGUCCUCAGGUCCUCUUUCACCACAUCAGUCCAAAACUUCCGUUUUCGGCCAAGUGGCUUCUUCCAGUUCGAACCCGACGAACUCCUCAGAACUCGCUGAACAAGGCGAUCUGCGGGUCACCUCAGUAUAUGACCGAAGAAGCGAAGACGAUUUACUUUAGCCACUUUCGAUGGCGAUGCAAGAUGUUGCUAUCUUCCACGUGUACCGCUUUCCGUGAAUAUAACAACAUCGUCAGCGUACUCGAGAUCGGUCAAGGGGCGUCCUGA